AUGGCAGGGUCACAAUUAAAACAAUUAAAAGCUGCUCUUAAAGAGAAAGGAUUAAUUGGACAAUCAAAUAUAUCCAAGAAGAAGGCCAAAAAAACUAAAAAUGAUGUUGAUAGGGAUUUAAAACAACAAAAUUUACAAGAAAUUAGACAUCAAUUCAAUAAAUUUGAUACCAAAUUAAACAAAAGUAAAAAAGAUUUCACAGUCAUACGUAAUGGUAAAUUUGUCAAAGUUAAUGAUAAUUCAGAUAAUAUAGGUCAUAAAAAGGGAUUAAUGCAAAAUCAAAUGAAAUCACAAUAUGAGUUGGAAAGAAAUAGAAAGAAUAAAAAUGGUGGAUUAAUUGAUAGGAGAUUUGGUGAAAAUGAUCAAGGAUUAAGUAAAGAAGAGAAAAUGUUGGCUAGAUUUACUAGAGAAAGACAAGCACAAGGUAAGAAAAGAAAUUUAUAUUCAUUGGAGAGUGAUGAAGAAGAAGAUGAUGAUAAUGAUGGAUUUACCUUGACUCAUGCGGGUCAAUCAUUAAGUUUAGAUGAUGAAGAUACAAUUAAAUAUGUUGAUGAAGAUCAACAAGGUUUACAACCACCAAAGAAGAAGAGUAAAGCUGAAGUUAUGAAAGAAGUUAUUGCAAAAUCAAAAUUUUAUAAACAACAAAGACAAAAAGAAUUUGCAAAAACUCAAGAUAAUAUACAAGAUUUAGAUGAUGAAUUUGAUGAUAUAAUGGGAGAUUUAAGAGAAGCACAACUGGGUGUAAAGAAUGCUUUUAGUCAAAAGAAGCCUGAAGAAAUUGAGUACGAUAAUAAGGUUAGAGAAUUAAAUUAUGAUAGAAGAGCUGUACCUGCUGAUAGAACAGAAACUCAGGAAGAAAUAGAGAAAAAGUUUAAAGAAAAACAAGAGAAAUUAGAAGCUGAUAGAUUGAGAAGAAUGGAGGGAAUGGAAGAAAGAGAACAACAGGGUGAUGAUUUAGAAGACGAUUUUUGGAAUAAUUCAGAGGAAGAGGAAGAGGUAGAAGAGGAAAUUGACGAGGAAGAAGUAGAAUCAAAUAGCAAAGUACCUGUUGAAAUGCCAAUUACGGCUGAAGAAUUUAUUCAACAAAUGGAUCAAGUUGAAGAUAAAGCAAAACAUAUACAAACAAUCAUAAACUCAUAUAAACCAAACUUAGCACCUGGAAAUAAAGAGAAAAUGAACAUAUUUGUUAGUAUACUAUUUAAUUAUAUCCUUCACUUGGCAAACAAUUUCACAAAUUUUGAUAAAGAACUAUUUAUACUUAUAAAAUUGGCUGAAUCAUAUAAUGAGAAAUUAGUUGAAGUCACAAGAAAUUAUAUAAAUGAAUUAGAAUCAAGAAUUAACGACAUAAAACCACAAGAUUUAAUAUUUUUCAGUUUAAUAGGAUAUUUAUUUUCAACUUCUGAUCAUUAUCAUUUAGUAGUAACUCCAUGUUUAAUAUUAAUGAAUGAAAUAUUGACAAAUAUAAUAUAUCAAGACAAAUCAAUUGUUUCAUUAAGUCAAGGUGUAUUCAUAUGUGAUGUAUUAUUAAAAUAUCAAAGAUUUUCAAAAAGAAUUGAUCCUGAAAUUAUUAAUUUUAUAGAACAAUCAAUGUUGUUAUUACUACCUGACGUUGACUCAAUAGACAAAUCAAAAUUUUUAAGCUCAACUAACGUGGUGUCACAAUUAAAUAUGAAUGAAGAAUGGAAAGAAACCAGUGUUUUAUCAGUUAAAAAUAUAUUUGAUGGAAAGAUUUCAAAAUCAGAAUUAAUCCUCAAAUUAGUUUCAAUAAUGGAUGAAUGUGUUAAUCUAUGGAAAGAUAAAUCGUUAGUCGAAAUACUUGAAUCAUUUAUUAAUAUCCUCACUCAUAUAAACAAAUACCAUAAAGUCAACGUAGACAAAUUUAUUAAAUUACAUAAAAUUGCCAAAUCUGAAAGAAAACCUUUGACUUUACAAGUUCAUAAAUCAAUUUCAAUACCAUUGCUUACUCCUACAUUUGAAGAAAAUUUCAAUCCAGAUAAAAAAUCUUAUGAUAUAAAUAAAGAUAGACAAGAAUUACAAAAAAUCCAAUAUGAAUUGAAGAAAGAAAAGAAAGCUGCGCUUAAGGAUAUUAGAUCUGAAAAUAGAUUCCUUGCAAGAGAACAAAUUAAAGAAAAGAAAGACAUGUAUGAUGAAUAUCAUAAGAAAAUGGCAAAUAUCGUUAAUUCAAUUCAAAAUGAAGAAGGUUCAGAAAAGAAUAAAUAUGAAAGGGAAAGAAAACAAAGAAAGAAUAAACGCUAA